AUGGAAAUGUCUUUGCCAUUGCAAAGCAUCAACCCUAAGGUAGCAAAGAUGGCUCCAAUGCUGCAGAAAGCAAGGCCAAAGCAAAGAGCUCAUAGUUUUAAACUUCGAACCAUUUCCUGCAGAGCUGAUGGAUUACCAAUGCACAAAAAGAAGCCCAACUUUUAUGAGGUACUUUCUCUUGGUUCUGAGAACAACGUAGGCUUGUAUGACAUAAAGAAAGCCUAUAGAAGCAUGGCUCGCAAAUUCCACCCUGAUCUUUGCCCUCCCUCAGCAAAAGAGGAGUCAACAAGAAAAUUCAUUGAGCUUCAAAAGGCUUAUGAAACACUUUCUGACCCGAUUUCACGCGAAAUGUAUGAUUACCAGCUGGGUUUGGCUGGUUCAUCAGCAGGGUUAGGGGUCGAGGGAUUUUGUAUGGAGAUGUCAGACUUGAUUAGACGUGGUAGGUCGAUGACGACUGCACCGAGUUCGGAUCCCCCGGCUCAGUCGGCAUCUGCUGCCACUGCUCCUGCUUUGCUGGACCACGUGGUGGUUGGUCCCGGGGCGCCCCAGGCGCCUGUGUCAUCUGCGUCAUCCGUGGCGCAGCCAGCUAGUGCUAGGCAGCGGCACCGGCCCACCGACACCAUCGACACGACAUCGACCGACGGUACUGGUGCCUCGGGAUCACAGCCAGGUAUAACUACACUUUUGUAUUGUUAA